GAGCUGCUUCCGGCGGGAGCCGGAAGACGUUGUGUGUGGACGGAAUUCGGGACCGAUUGACGGACCGCCGGCUGCCCUGAACGGGAAUGUGAGCUGCGAGGUUAAAUUGAUUACCCACCCAGUACAGCAUCUUACAGGAAGAGCAUAGUAUUUCCUAGAGGAAUAUGAGCAUAAAAGGAAGGUGUCAUUGACUCUGAAUUAAAUUUAAACCUGUCCCCUGAACAGCUACAGGAUUUGGAAACUGAAUCAAUGUUAUCAGAUGAGUUAGAAUCCAAACCAGAGCUCCUGGUACAGUUUGUUCAGAAUACAUCCAUCCCAUUGGGACAGGGGCUAGUAGAAUCAGAAGCUAAAGACAUUACUUGUUUGUCCCUCCUUCCGGUGACUGAAGCCUCAGAAUGCAGUCGGCUAAUGUUACCAGAUGAUACUCCAAAUCAUACUAACUCCUCCAAGGAGGUCCCUUCCUCAGCUGUUUUGAGAAGCCUUCAGGUGAAUGUGGGCCCAGACGGAGAAGAGACGAGGGCUCAGGCUGUACCGAAGUCCACAGAGUUUUUGUCCACUCCUGAGUCUCCUAGCUUGUUGCAAGAUCUACAACCAAGUGAUAGCACUUCUUUUAUUCUUCUUAACCUAACAAGAGCAGGUCUGGGCUCUUCAGCUGAGCACUUAGUUUUUGUACAGGAUGAGGCAGAAGAUUCAGGGAAUGAUUUCCUCUCCAGUGAAAGUACAGACAGUAGCAUUCCAUGGUUCCUCCGGGUUCAGGAGUUGGCCCAUGACAGUCUGAUUGCUGCUACUCGUGCACAAUUGGCAAAGAGUGCAAAAACCAACAGCAAUGGAGAAAAUGUCCACCUUGGUUCUGGUGAUGGGCAACCCAAAGAUUCUGGGCCCGUUCCUCAAGUGGAAAAGAAGCUCAAGUGUACAGUUGAAGGCUGUGACCGGACAUUUGUGUGGCCAGCUCACUUUAAGUACCACCUCAAAACUCAUCGAAAUGACCGCUCAUUCAUCUGCCCUGCAGAAGGUUGUGGGAAAAGCUUCUAUGUGCUACAGAGGCUGAAGGUGCACAUGAGAACCCACAAUGGGGAGAAGCCCUUUAUGUGCCCUGAGUCUAGCUGUGGUAAGCAGUUCACUACAGCUGGAAACCUGAAGAACCACUUACGAAUUCACACAGGAGAGAAGCCUUUCCUGUGUGAAGCCCAAGGAUGUGGUCGUUCCUUUGCUGAGUAUUCUAGCCUCCGAAAACAUCUGGUGGUUCACUCAGGAGAGAAGCCUCAUCAGUGCCAAGUCUGUGGGAAGACCUUCUCUCAGAGUGGGAGCAGGAAUGUGCACAUGAGAAAGCAUCACUUGCAGCUGGGAACAGCUGGGAAUCAAGAGCAGGAGCAAACUGCUGAGCCACUAAUGGGCAGUAGUUUGCUUGAAGAGGCUUCAGUACCCAGUAAAAACCUGGUGUCUAUGAAUUCCCAGCCCAGCCUUGGUGGAGAGUCCUUGAACCUACCAAAUACCAAUUCUAUCCUGGGAGUUGAUGAUGAGGUGCUUGCUGAAGGUUCCCCACGUCCCUUGUCUUCAGUGCCUGAUGUGACACAUCACUUGGUGACCAUGCAGUCAGGGAGGCAGUCAUAUGAAGUGUCUGUCUUAACUGCAGUAAAUCCACAAGAGUUACUAAACCAAGGAGAUUUAACUGAAAGACGGACAUGAGCAUGGGUGCUGACUCCUGGAAGAGCAGCUCUAUCUGAUCUCAGAGUGCAAAUAGUGGGAACAAGAUGCUGUAGCUCAUGAUCUGCCAGAACCACAAUGAAUCUGUGAAGAACAAGACUCCACUUUUGCCUCUGUUCAUCUUUCCUGGCAUAGAAGAUGGACGUAGGAGAACUUUUCUUCUAACUACCAUCUGAUCCAGACAAGGAAUGAAGCAGUGACUGUGGGCUGGGUAACUGUACCUACCUCUCUUCCCACUGCAAAAUUUUGAGAUAGACUUCUCCCAAAGUGAAUUUGAUUAAUGUGUUGGCUGAAGUUUCUCAUUAUGACUGCUGAGAGGGGGUUUUCCUUUGAAGAGUUUUCAUCCCAGACUUGGCUAUCUUUUCACAUGGAUGAAUUAAGUCCUGCCACCAACCACAAAACUUCACCAGGAAGUUGAGCUUUCAAGAUGCCUUGUUGCUUUGAAGAAGGGAGUGAUGUCAAUUCUGUUGUGACAUUCUCCCUUUAGCAACCUGAGUAAGAGACUCUCUGCCUCUGGGCUGCAAAAAAUAAAUUACUUGAAUCUCCCCUUGGCCCAGGCUGAGGUACUAUCUUGUCCUGUACACCUCUACUUGGUCACUUUGCUUUCUUUGUUAAUGGAACAUACAGUAGCAUGUUAAGGGGUUUUUGUUUUUGUUUUUUUAAAGUUAAAAAUCACAAGAUUCAGAGCUUCAGUUUUCCCUUAAAAUAAAAAAAAAAAAAAACAGCCCAGUCA